CUUUUUUCAUUUGUUUCAGGCAGGCAAGAAGGUGCUUUACAGGCUGUAAGGGUUCCUUUAUUUUUCCUUUUCUCUCUGAGGGAUUGUUUGGGCUGAGCAAAGCUUGGCAAGGUUGGUGUGUAAAUAUGAGAGGAUACCAGCAGGAAAUGAAGUUGGAUUGUUGGAGAGUGUGCUCAUUCCUUUGGCAGCAGGCUGCAUGGGAAGCUUGUCACAGCAGGCAUCUGAACAGACUGGGAGUGGUCGGACCUGUGGCCUGAAGUCUGGCAGGUCUCAACAUUUUCUAUGCCGUCAAUCCCUGCUCCUUUUUUGUGGCCCAGCAGUCCACUGAGACCCACAACAUGGCCCAUUUCACUAGCUGGGAAAAACAGACACUUUCUAUCCCCCAGUUUCUCCUGCAGCUCCUGCUCUGCUCUAAACUUCAGUCAUAAAAGAUCUCCUUCCUCUUUCACACUGACUGAGCUCCUACUCCUCAUAUACAAAGCUGCAUGUGUCAAGGCUAGAAGCAGUUCAAAGCAGAAGAAAGAAGCUGUUGACAAUCCUUUACCAAAGUCCUUCAUUUUACUAACGCAAGAGCAGCUCCUUUUCAGUGAAGAGCAGACCCUGAACUCAACUGUCUUGCAGUACUUUGGUCUGAAAAUACUGGUCUAUGUUGAGAAGAAUGGACGAGGGAAUUAAUGCCUGUAAUAUGGGCUGCAGAGAAGUUACCUAUAAGGUAAGAGGGUGACUUGAUCUCUUUGAGAAAAAGAGAAAAAAAGGCUUCCUUAUCUUCAUGGUGUUUGCUCUGAAGUAUCAUCUUGUGACUGCCAGUCUGCCUUGCAGGAUUGGUCAGUUCCAGCCUGUGGCUGGUAUCAGUUCCUUCCUUUCACAGGUGGCAUUGUAUUUCCCAAAGUAUGGCUGGUUCCUCUUGGCACUUCGAGGCCUCUGUGCCACCUCUUUGCCUGCUGUGCCUGCAGCCCCGUGGUGCUGAUCCCACUCACGUGUUGAGCAGGAUACGAUCGGCCCUGCAAUUAGACAGCAAUCUGAAAGGAAGAGGAAAUCAAGACGAUGCACCAGCGAGGAGCACGUGUGAGUCAAUAUCAGGUAUCUGAGGGUAUGAUGAGGAGUGAGUGAGUCCUACCCCUUCUAGAGGGUCCCACAUCAUUUGUGAACAGUAACUGUGCAGAUCUCCUGGGGGAAUCUGCAUUGCAAUGAUGAGGGGUGUUCACACAGCCAGGCUCUAUCUCUUCAGGGUGCUCUGGCUCUCCUCUGUGAGGAAUUUGUCACUAUGCAGCUGUACUUUUCUUCAUUAAAGUAGCCACGUUAAGUAGCUGUGAGGUUGCUAAAUGCCUACUUUGCUAACUGAUCUUCUCCCCAGCUGGCAGCUUUUUAGAGCAGGAGACAUGAGGUUGCUAAACCCAUUCAUUUCUCACAUGCACUCAUGUUUCUAAUGUCUGUGGAGAUCCGGCUUUAAAAGUCCUCUGCGAGCUAUUGGAAUGAAGAGCACUUCAUGAAGACAUUGUAAUUAUUAUGGGAUUCAGGGGUGUGUGGAAAUGACUCAUAGAGAUGUUUCCCAGCCAGCAGGCUCAUGGAGCCAGGUGAGCUCUUCCCUGGAAUGUGAAGCAUGCAGCGUGGCAACUGGGAGAAACAGGUUUGGCCGGACAUUUUAAGUUGUUCGCAGCAGACAGCCUCUUCAGAGCCACAUCCCUGCUUUGCUGAUCUCCCAGCUGGAUGCUCCGCUCUGCCACACUGGCCCUGCUGAGCUGGAGAGGAUGGACACGCUGCGCAGGAGCCUUUCUCGAUGGAAGAGGUACCACAUUAAGGUGCACCUGGCUGACGAGGACCUGAUGAUGCCCCUGACGGUCAGGCCCAGGGACACAGUGAUGGACCUACGGGCUCUCUUGGUACGGGAGGGCAUCACUUCCUGGAAGAAGACAUUUUAUUACAACUCCAGGCAGCUCGAGGAGCACGAGACUCUCAAAGAAGCCAAUAUCCAGAACGGUUCUGUCCUCCUUCUUGUCAGCAAUAAAAGCGCAGUUGCUGCCUCUCUUCAGAGCAGGAAGAGCUGGUUUGGUUGCUGUCCUUCAAAUGAUGCAUCUUAUCACAUGGGAAAAAGUAGGAUAAAACCCACAAACCACCUAGAAAGAGCCACAGGACCAGCAUUAAAGAGGUGUGGACAAGAGCAAGGACCAGCAUUGGAAGGUGUAUUAGGUCCUGAGUGUAUUGCAAGAUGGAGAAGUUUGCAACUCCACAAUGCUGCUCUGUGGAUGGGGCUGCUUCUUGUUGGGACUGUUACCUUUGGGAUCCUGCUAUUGACGGAGCAUCGCAGACGGGAUUAUCCAAAGCACUGCUGUUUACCUCCACCUUGGAGCUGCAGCCAGGCCUUUCCAGUAGCUCCUUCUCUUGAGCUUCACGAGCAGAAGACAAGCCUGGGCAGGUCAUCUCCACCAGCUGCUGUGUUCUAGUCAGGCAGCUCAGGCUGGGGUACGUUCCAGUGGCUCUUCUGUGCUUCUCCUGUACCUGAGACACACAUGCAUCAAAUGUUUCAGUUUACAGGGUCAUCAGCCUGGCAGCUUUCCUCAGCACUAAAUUUACUUUUUAAAGUUACACCAGUGUUGUAUCCAGAGGGAAUGGAGGAACAGAUGCAGCUUGUGAAGUCUGGCUUUAAUUCACCUGCCUCGUUUAAUUUCCUGCCCUGCCUACUAAUCAAUGAGUCUGCACUAGCAGCUCUGGGAAUACCAAGGUUUUUCCAUAUCCGGGAGAAUUCAACACAGUGGCUGAGCUCCUGAGGUCUCAAGCAGGCCAUGUCACAUCUCCUUUGAGGCUGUUUCAUUAUGGAUUUCCCUCCUCCAGAAGCACUUGCAAACACUCUCCAGCCCAUGGCAGCUGCACCUCAUUUCCUUGCAGGGCCUGCUGGCACAGGGCAGCUGUGUCAUAUUAUCCCCUCUUAGCCUAUGUGGCAUUUCCUCCUGGAAGUGCUCUCCUUGAAGAUUUUCAGCUCCAGGCCUUGCUUUUCAGGGCCACACGCUUCUUUCUGGGGCUCUGUGCCCAUCUGCCAUGCUAUGUCAGACACGCUGCUGGGGCCAUUUGGGUCUUGUCACCUCCCGGGGCUUCCAGUGGGACCAGCAGAGCCUGGCAGGGGCUCCUUUCUCCCUCACAGGGCCCUGAGCGUGUCACUUCCAAGUGUCCCUUCUUCAAGGACAGUAGCACCAUCUCAGCUCAAUGGUGCUGUCAGGCACUGCCUCAGACAUUCAGGGCUGUCAGGAAGCACCAGUGAAAGGGUUUCUGGCACUUUUGCUUUGUUUAAGCAGAAUUCCACUGUCCUGGGUUUUUUUGGACUCCUGUUAAUUCCAGGCAGUGCUGCUCUGUUGCUUAAUCAGCCGGUGUCAAAGCCCUGGGAGACAGGAAGGCUGCCUUUGCCUGGUAGUACCUAUUUUGUGACACUGCUGCUUUACCUCACUUAUUAUGAUCUGUACCAGAUUGCUCUUUGCCUGCUAAAAUGGACAAUUAGGAUCCAGUUGUAAUGCAAAUCACACGGUGGAAUAAAAACAGUGGGGAACAAAAUCCCAAAUAGGUAUGUCAGCCUUUGUUAUGGCAUGAUAGCUUCAACUCUGCUCCUGCUCUGUGAAGGAUCAGGAGGAGAGAGCCUGUUGUGCCUUUGUGUUUUAUAGGCACAAGCUCGAUGUAAGGCUGCCUUUAGGCACUGGCGGCCCUGAUAAUGUGUGUGUGCAAACCUAACAGACAGAUUCCGCCUACGCUGGAAAUUUGAUGAUUGUCUUGUUUUUUCAAGGCUCUGUUUUAUAUACCACAGGCCAAACCCAUGGGGUAAUUGCCGUCUCUGCGCAGGGCUGAGAUCACGUGGUGAGAGAGAAGCAUAGAGAUGCUGAAAUUUCAAUCUACCACAUAAUGUGCCCCUAAUCCUGAUGGCCUCGUAAUUGUGAUGCUGUCACUGGUGUCAUUGCGGUUGUUCUUGUCACUGUUUUCCCAUGUUUAGUGCUAAAUGUUGUAAAUGAAGAGAAAUAUUUAAAUUUGUAAAGGAAUCUAAAUUUACUGUGGAAUUAAACACACAGGAGCCUGAAAAGUCAAAUGGAAGAGGUAUGUCUUCAUUUCAAAUGGCAAGUCAUAGUGAUGUAAAGCUAUAUUUUGUUGAUACAGCUGCUUUUACUGCAGAUCUGCUUUGCAUUUCCCCAGGCCAUGGGUAACAAAGAAUGAGACUGAAUGUCUUCUCAUCUUUGAGGACUGAGUGUUAGGAAUAUCCGUGUUCAUAAAGUGUUAGAGCUGGCAAUCAGGAGGUCAGUGUUGUAAGGGAUACCUGAACUUGUGUACUACUUGUGAGAUCCAGAGUGAGAACAAUGCCUAUCCAUAUCUCAUGGAAAUCGUGGCUUCCAGAGGACAGCAAGGAACAAGUGUGAGAGGUGGUGAAGCCAGAUGGAUGAGCUCAGUUCAAAGUCCUCCUAGAAGCUAUGGCAACGUAACUUGUAUAUCUACUCAGAAAAGCCUUUGCAACUACCAUAAAUGACUUUAAAUGGCCUUAUUUUCCUGCUAGCAGUGAAAUAAGCAGCUUCAAUGGGGAGGAGUAAAUCCACUUGAUUACACAUGUUGCUGGGAGUAACACUCUUAUUGGUUAUUACUAAUAACCCAAUUUAUUACUGGUAGCGCGGCUGCUGAAACAGGCAGCCUUAUCUGCCAGGGGAUAACUGUACUGCUCCUAAAUUUCCAAUUACAAUGGAACAAGGGGAGUCAGAAGGGCCUCAAGGAAGGAAACUCAGUAGGAAGCAAAGUCAACAUGGAGCACUUUGGUUAUAAACAAUGUGUGAUAAAUCAAAUGUAUCGGGGACAAUCUAUCUUUGGAGGAGGAUUUCUGCCAGGCAAGGCUGAGCUCUUUCCAUCCUGAUGCUUUCCUAAGGCCAGCCAUGGUGUUUGUGUGUCAGGUCAUGGAGGUGUUGGCUUGCUGGCUAAUCUUCUGGAGGAAAGAGGGGCUUCUAGACCUUCGAUGUGCAAAGUGGCUCAAGCUCAGGGCUUCAGUCCAGGAUUUAGAUGAAAUUUCUCCAUUGAAACCAAUGGCAAAGUACCUGAUCACCACAGCAGGAGUGUUCUCACACAGCAACGCCCUGGGAAAUUCUCUCUUGGAAUAGAUCAGAUUCUCCUCUUAUUUAUGCAAUUAUAAAUUCAGUGUAGCUUCAUUUGAAACAACUGUUUUCAUCCAAUGCAAAUAAGAUCAAGAUCUGGCCCAGGCUGCUUUUGUACACAACGGGAACUGACUGAAUUACGGAAAACAGGAAACAAAUCUAAUGUAAAUCUGAAUGGAAAUAUCAUGCUCUCUGUUACAUCAGAAUAAAUUGGAAGGAAGUCUGUUGAUGCUAGUGGAAUUCAUCUGGAUUUACACCAGACUGUGGCUCAGCAUUUGUCAGUUGGCUGCACACCGACAUCAAAACUCAAACCAUGCCACCUCAUCUGAAUAGCUUUGAACAUUUCUCCCUUUUCCUUUAUAUUUAAGCAGUUGCCUCUGCAUUCCGAUGGCUGAUUAGCCUUUUCAAACAAAUAAACCCCUACAAACAGGCAUCAACAAAUAAGCCUUGCUCUCACUACCAUUUGCAGAAUCUUGAUGAUGAAUAUGAAGCACUGAGCUUGGGUUUAGAGUCACUUAAACUUGCCCCUGCUCUUCUGUGUUCCCACUUUAGAACAGCAGGAUUGAGCUCACGAGGGGACAGAUCUUGACAAAAUCACUCUGAUUUCCCCAAAGGAGGGAAAUCCCAAAGGCAAAUUCAUCGCCUGCCCACCAGCACUGGGAAGGGCCAGCAGUUUCCUAGGAUGCACAGGAUUUACCCUUCAGUAUAUCAGCAAAAUACUGUCGUUCUUUCACUCUUGCUGUCUUCAGGCAGAUGGUCAGAAUGGAGCCCAAACCCUCCCUAAUGGAUCUAAUAGGGAAUCUGAUGCAUUUAAUAGGGAAUCAUGUCAUGCUCUGUUUCCACAGGCAAGUUCCUGUGCAGGGGAGCAUGGGAACCGGUAGGUGCUUUUCAUGGGAAAGCAAGAGGGUUAAUUAAUGCCUGAGCAACAAAUUUGACUCUCUGAGUGAAAGUCACUGGAAAAACACAAUGUCUGAGCAGGAGCAUAGCCACAUCAGCCCUUCCCUUGAAUCUUGUAUACCCCAGCUUCUUACUUAAUUCAGUUUUUAAUCUGUGCUCAUGUUUCUCUUCAGAUAAUUAGUAAAAUGCAUCUUAAUUAAAACAAGAGGAGGAGAAGAAGACACAUAAACAAAUGAAAGCCCUAAGUCAAUGGGAUUCAGGGAGGGGCAAAUCCAGUAUUCAAAUACAAAUCUUGAGGCAAACAUGAUAGUAACAGUUAUGGAGUUAUCAAAGGUAAAGACUUUUCUGAAAGUUGGAUAACUGUUUGCCGGUACACCCUUCGGAAAAAAAGGGACUGGCUAGAGCCUGAUGUCUGAGUACCACAGAGCCUGACCUGAAAUCAGUCUCCUGGGGAAAAGAGCUGGGGGAGCUGUGUGGUCAGCAGUCUUUGUUUUUCUAUUUCUCUGUCACUGAUUUUCCAUGUGAUCCUCACAAAAUUAACUGGGCAAGAUUUUUACAAGUGGCCCCUGUCUGUGGUUGCUAUAAUGUGUAGAUGUUCAACCUGAGAUGUACCUGAUCACCCUUUGCUGCACCAUUAGCAACAGAGCACAUGUGGAUCUCAGCCACAGGAUCUGAAUGUGCCAGGCACUACCUCUCAGAGUCCUUAUGUUCCCAUCUGUAAAUUGAUAUAAUAAAUACUUUCCUGAUUUUAUAAAGCUAUUAAAGCUAUUAAAUGAAACAGAGGCUUUGAAAGACCUGUGAUUACUAUGGCUUACUUUUGCUUGGGCUUAUUUCUAAGCCUGUGCUCAAGGCCAGGCUGGAUGGGGCCCUGAGCAGCCUGGUCUAGUGAGUGACAUUCCUGCCCAUGGCAGGUGGUUGGAACUGAAUGAUCUUUAACGUCUCUUCAAACCCAAACCAUUCAGUGAUUCUAUGAUUCCUGCAGGUGAGCUCUGCCUAAUUUGUGAGAGCUUUCUCACUACUGCAGACCCUGUGUUGAAUGCAAUGUUUUUGCUAUCUUGUUUCUGUCCUUCACAGUAUCACCUGAAUGAAAUAAAUGCCCACAGCUAGGAUGCA